GAUACCUAGGACUAUUGCCACUACAACAACGCCGAUGACAAGUAUGACGACACCAAUCACUACAACAACAACGCCGAUGGCAAGUAUGACAACAACCCCCACUACAACAACGCCGAUGACAAGUAUGACGACACCAACCCCCACUACAACAACGUCGAUGGCAAGUAUGACAACAACCACUACUACAACAACGCUGAUGACAAGUAUGACCACACCAAGCACCACUACAACAACGCUGAUGACAAGUAUGGCCACACUUACCCCCACUACAACAACGCUGAUGACAAGUAUGACCACACUUACCCCCACUACAACAACGCUGAUGACAAGUAUGACGACAACAACCUCCACUACAACAACGCUGAUGGCAAGUAUGACAACAGCCACCACCACAACAACGCCGAUAACAAAUAUGACGACAACAACCACCACUACAACAACGCCGAUGACAAGUAAGACGACAACAACCACCACUACAACAACGCUAAUGACAAGUAUGACAACAACCACCACUACAACAACGCCGAUGGCAAGUACGACAACAACCACUACUACAACAACGCUGAUGGCAGAUAUAACGACAACAAUCCCCACUACAACAACGCCGAUGACAAGUAUUACAACAACCACCACUACAACAACGUCGAUGGCAAGUAUGACAACAACAACCACUACAACAACGCCGAUGACAAGUAUUAUGACAACAACCCCCACUACAACAAUGUCGAUGGCAAGUAUGACAACAACCACUUCUACAACAACGCUGAUGGCAGAUAUAACGACAACAGCCACCACCAUAACAACGCCGAUAACACGUAUGACGACAACAACCCCCACUACAACAACGCCGAUGACAAGUAUGACGACAACAACCACCAUUACAACAACGUCGAUGGCAAGUGUAACGACAGCGACCACUACUACAACAACGCUGAUGGCAGAUAUAACGACAACGGCAGGCACUACUACAACAACGCCUACAGAGACAACAACUGUUGCAACAACAGACACGCCAGAGACACUUGAAACACCAGGUAUAAUCUUAACACAACCGACAUCAGGAGCACCAGGGACGACUACAAGGAAUACAACAAUAGAAGACCCGGAAUCCUCAACUGAAGACAAUGAAGGAUAUACACCAUCCAUGGCGGGAACAGCAACCACAGGAAAAUCAAAAUCUGACUUAACCACAACAGAAACAGCAUCUUCAACACAAGGAAAGUAUCUACAAGAUGCACCACGGGAAUCAACAAGUAUUAGGUUUGGUGAUCUGUCAACAUCAGGAACUACUGCAACUGGACAACUUUCAGUUUUAAGUUCUGGGGCGCCAGAUUUCAUUGGGGAAACUUCUUCAGCAACAUCAGAGACACCAACAUCGGACGACAACGUCAGCAAUGGAAUUGCAUUGUCAGCAUCUCAGUCGCCGGACAAGGAGGAGACCCAAAUAAUUCUCGCGACUACUUCUACCAGCGCCCUCUCUUCCAGUACGUUCCGGCCGACGGUGGACACAAACUCUAUGUCCAGGUGCGACUGUUGCGCCGCGUGGAAAGAGUUCCUGAACAGAAACGUGUCACUGGGCAGCUUCAGUCUCGAUGACCUCGUAGUUUACAAGAAGAAGAAGUUACAAACAGUAGAUGACAAGCGUUUAUCUGCACGUAGCAUUGGGGGCAGUGCUGUUGCGAUGUUGGUGAUGAGCUUUCUCACAAUUGUCGUGUUGGACGCCAGUAAACUGUUUCAUGACUUCCGUCAGAUGUACAAACAUUUGAGAGAGUCCUUUCAUCCCCAAAACGUGAUAGACAUUCAAGACAAUCGCGUUCAUGAUGCAUAGUUGUGACACCAACAGAUUCUGCAUCACCACACACAGAUGCAGUCCCUUUACAGGUCAUAGUCACUACAGUGAACUAGACAAGAUACUAUUAUGGAUAAUUUUGGCCACUAAUCUGACAACCGCAUGACUUUCUGGCGCCGGACUCUAUGUGAUGGCUGAAUAGAGCUCAAACGAUGUAGUUUAUUGUGAUUCCGUACAGGAGAAAGUCCAUAAGUUCUAUGUUGGAUUAAUCGAUCUAAGUUAAAAAAUAUUCAUAAACAACUUCUCCUCUUCCCCAUCCCCCCAUCCGUCUUAAGCCCGUGAUGUUUACAACCAACAACACUUCGAACCCGAAUAUAACUUUGGGGAGGCAUUUUAUAUCGAUUAUUUUUAUGUCCAUGAGGAAUUUUUGUUAGAGAAGACAGAAUAUUGUUAUCGGCCACGGCUUCGAAACGUACCAUUGUUUUUCUGUUUCUCUGACAGAAGGAGCUUAAUAUCAUUAUUAUUCACAACGCAUUUUUGUUUUGUGUAACGGAUUUAUCUUCAACAAAAAAAACACCUUUAUCAAAAAAUGAUAGCUUGUCCUACCCCCAUGAGUAGUGUAAUAAGGUGUAAUUUUGUCCUAAACCAUUAUAGUUAAACCACACAAGCGCGUAAUUCAAAAAUUAUACUUUAUCGCAGGGUAAAAAUAGGCGCCUUUAAAAUCUUAGAAUAAUUUAUAAUUUCGUAUUUUACGUCAU